AAAUACGCACAGCCCGACACGCAGACCAACAAAACCUUGACAAUGACUCAACUGUCUUCAUUUCAAUUUAUGCAGCAAGCUGAAUGAAAAAAUAUACGCAUCAUACAAAGAGCCCACCCCGGUCAGGAGAGCCUAUAAAAGCUGGAUACAUCGGAGCAAUCUACAACCAACAGGAGACACUUGGAAAUUUGCGCGCUGGAGGACACUUCACUAGUCCACGCUGAAAUGAGAGGGUUUACACUGAAUAAUGUCUGCCAGUGUGGCUUGUUUACAUAUCUUGUUUUGUUUUCUUUCACCGCUGCAGUGAGUUUCGACCUGACUGAGCUUAGGAAUAAAGUUGCAAAAAUCAAAGUGAAUCCAAGAGGCAAUCUUUGGGCUACAGGACAUUUCAUGGGCAAGAAGAGUGUCGUGGAUACUCCUAUGCUGCCUUCAAAUGAGGACCAAGGUGCCGAUGCGCUGGAAGUCACCCUUCCUGCAGAGCAGAGUGCGCUCGGGGAGCUUUUCCAAGAGUUUCUGCGGGUGGCGCUGCAAGCGCAGAUGGAUACACAAGAAAGUCGUUCGAAAAAUCAGGAGGAGGACUUGUUGAUGAAGAUUUUAGAAAACUACAUCCGAAGCAGAAAGUGAUGUAAAGGAUACAAACCUGGCACGCAUUAACAUGGAUCGAAGGUCACCUGGGCUUAUGAGUUAAAAUAAAUAAGAAUCGUGUACAGUCUCAUGCUCAUCAUGAUUGUAAUUUAAUGUAACUGGCUUGCUCAUUUGCAAUACAUCUUUUUUUCCAGUUAUUUUGAUGGAUCUAUUUUACAUGUUCUUGUCAUUUGUUUAGUUA